AUGCAUAAAACAUUAUUUAUUUUGGUUUUAAUACUUGGAGCAAAAGGUAUAAUAGUUUAUUAUAUAUAGCUAAAGCAAAUUUUAAAGAAAAAAAUAAUUAAAAUAUAUCUAAAUGGUAUAUUAAAUAUUAAGCAAACACUUCAUUGUUCCAAUAUAAUCUCUAUCAAGGCAUAGGGCAAGUUCUUGAAGAUUCUUCUGGAAAUGCAAAUCAUUGCGUUAAUGGCUGAACUGCCGAAAUUGAAACAUCAGAUUCAAACUGAACUCCUAGAGGAGCUUAUUUUUCAGGUGUGUCUCUUAUAACCCCACCUAAAAAUUCAGUUGUUCAAAAUUCCCUGACCUUUCCUCACUCAUUUACUAUCACGAUGUGAAUAAAAAUAAUUUCUGAAGGAGUAAUUCUAUCUCGCUAUGACAGUUCAAAUAAUAUUUUAUUUGUUUUUGAAAUUUUAUCACCAUGGACUCUGAAUUUUUGAGCCUGAUCACAUCAAGAAUCUUUUCCAGCUGUAGGAAAUCCUGGAGUUACAAAAGCUGUUACAAAUGGUAUUUUAUAGGUAGAUCAAUGGUAUUAUCUAGCUGGAGUAGUUAAUAAGUCUGGUGGCACCACACAAGAAACUUUGUAUGUAGGAAAUACAAAUUCAUUAGCAAGUUUCAGCGGGCAUUAUAAAGACGACACAGGACAAGGGUUCAAUAUAGGAUGUGACCCAACAUGCACGAAUGGAUUUAUUGGAUUUAUUUAUGAAAUUAAUGCAAUGAAUGAUCUUGCAGGCAGCACAAAUAUUUUAUCAAGCUACUCUACAAGUUGCUCUGGUAGCUGCUCAGGGUGCCCAAGUUUAAGCAGCACCUGUAUACCUAUAUGUGAUAAUUUUUAUAUGCCGAACAAUUGUUUAGCUUCAUGCAACUGUUAUAAUGGACAGCAAGCAAGCUGUUUAGACUCUGACUUGACUGCUUGCCUUUUAUGUGAUUCAGUAUGUGAAAGAACUUGCUCUGGGCCAUCAUCCACUGAUUGCAUAGACAUAAAAGCUACUUAUUGCGCCGGACACCCUUAUUCUCCGAUCCAGAAGUCAUGCUUAUGAAGUGUGAGCUGUCCGACCAAUUGCUAUUACUGCGAAGUAAAUUCUGUAUGUCUUACAUGCGACCCAGGAUACUUCGUAUCCUCAGGAAAUUGCGUCUUGUGCUAUUCAGCUUGUGCUACAUGCUCAGGGCUGCUGCAAAAUGAAUGUCUAACAUGCUCGACAAUAGGAAUCACCCCUUCCUCAAUAAACACUUGUGAGUGCACCUCUUCACAAUAUCAAAUUUCUCCUAGCCCUUUAACGUGUGGUGAUUGCGACAUUUCUUGUGCUACAUGCAGUGGGUUUGGGCCAACAAAAUGCUUGACUUGUGCAGAUUUGUCAGUAAAUAUUGCAUUACCUCCUGGGUCUUGCAGCUGUGGACUAUCACAAUAUACAAUUUCUCAUAAUCCUUUGGCUUGUGGUAAUUGCCAUGCAACUUGUAAGAGCUGCAGUGGCCCAUUAAGUACUCAAUGCAUUUCAUGCAUGGACUCAUCAAUUAUACUAGCAACAAUUGGCUCUUGUAGUUGUAAAUCAAACGAAUACAUGGUUCAGAAAAACCCGCUUUUAUGCGAAACUUGUGAUGAUUUAUGCAAAACUUGCAAUGGCCCCACAUCUGGUGAUUGUUUGACAUGCAAAAACUCAACUUUCAGCCCAUCCGCAAUCCCUGGAUUUUGUGCUUGUAAAGCAAAUCAAUUUAUUUCCCAAUAUAGCCCUUUGCUAUGCAAAAAUUGUGACUCUUCAUGUAAUACCUGCAUAGGGUCAGGAAAAAAUGACUGCCUUACUUGCAAGGAUUUUUCUAUAGCUUUGCUAAAUCCUCCAGAAGCUUGUAGCUGUGAUAGUUCUCAAUACAUUGCUGCAAAAUCUCCAUUAGUCUGCAUGGAUUGUGACAUCUCUUGCAGUUCUUGUUCUGGGCCAGGAUCAGAUGAUUGCUUAGCAUGUGCAGAUUCCUCAAUUAGCUUAUUUCUCACUCCAAAUUCCUGCACUUGCAAAAACUCUCAAUAUAUCAUAUCAAAAUCCCCUCUUAUUUGCGGAAACUGUGAUCCAUCUUGUGCAUCUUGCAUUGGCUCAAAAUCAAACCAAUGCACUUCCUGUUUGAAUUAUAAUAUAACUCCUUCAUCACUACCUGGAGAAUGCUCUUGCCUGAAGUCCCAAUAUAUAAUUUCAUAUUCCCCACUAUCCUGUGGGAAUUGCGAUUCCAGCUGCCUAACUUGUGUGGGGCCACGGGUUUUUUCCCUGCCAGUUCCGGAGGGCUGUGAUUCUUUUUUCCUGGAUAUUAACUCCCCUCAAUAUGGCCGAUAGGAUGCAUAGGGCUAACUUUUGUCUCCAUAGCAGCUGCAAGUGAAACAAGAAGAGUUUUUUUAAAUCGUCAAGACUCAAGGAUAUCCCUGCAAGCCCUAGAAUUUGGGAAUAGGCCGCUGUUGAGACAAGGUUUAGACGAUUGAAUUCCUCAGCAAUUAGGUUCCGAUAGUCGCAAGCGUGCGGAGGCAUCAUAUCUGGAAGACUUUAAGACCUUCAAUCUUAAUCUCAUCUUGUGUGGGGCCAGGGCUCAAAUCAGUGCUUAUCAUGCUCCGAAGGAUCUGUAGUUUUAUCUGAAACACCCUCAGCUUGUGCUAAAACCUCAAACUCCACAAAUACCUUUACCCAAAUUAGCUCACAAAGCGGCGCUUAUGGAGCUGCUGCUGUUUUUGCUUCAAGCUUUAUCCAGUCACUGCUCACAGGCAGAACUGGGGCUUUGUGGACUUAUGUGAAUAUCAUACAAAUGUUGGCUUUCAUCCCAUUGCAAAAUAUUGAAAUUCCUGAAAGUCUUUACGAGUUUUGGAAAUCCUUCCUUUCUUAUAGAUUCUUAACCAAUAUAGGUGAAAUGAUUUAUGGCGAUUGCCAAAUGGGAGAAGUGAAGCCAAUAGAAACUUGGCAUAAAUAUGGAUAUAGAAUGAGCUCUUUUUUCAUAAAUGGCAGUGGAAUGCUUUUAAUCUUGUUGAUAGUUGUCUCUACUUGGGUUUUUAUAGGAGUUUUAGGAAUGUUACCUUGUGGAAUCCUCAAAAGCAAAGUCAGAGAAUUCAAGAAAAAAUACAAGUAUACAGUUUUCAUUAGACUUUGACUAGAAAUUUACAUAUUACUUAUGGCUGCUGCGGUUAUUGGCAUUAACAAUUAUUCCUUUGAAUACACAACAACUAUAAUAGACUCCAUUUCUGCAUAUCUUUUAAUAUGUUGUGGCUGGUUUUUUAUUAUGCUUUGAAUAUUUAUUCUGCAUAUGAAAAGAUUCAAGAUUUUUAGGCACAAUCCGAAAACAAUUGCAAAAUACGGAACUUUAUUUGCAGAGUUUGAUCUUAAAAAUGAUGAUUUCAUUCAGCUGCUGUAUUACCCAUAUUUUUUAAUCAGAAGGUUCAUUUAUGUAGUAGUUCUCUAUAAUUUCUCAUCUUAUCCAGCCGUGCAAUGUGCUGUAAAUUCUGCCCAUACUUUCUUAAUUGUGCUAUUUCUUUUCAAAUAUUGGAACUUCAAAGACAAAGAGUCCAAAUUUUUGAAUAUUACAGGAGAAAUCAUUGUUUUACUUAGUUUCCUCGCUACAGCAGUAUAUUUAUAUAAGAUACCGUAUACAUUAGAUAUGGUAAUCCAGACAACUGUUUUUAUUGUCACCAUGAUUUAUUUAUUCAUAAGUUACUUAUUCCUAUUUAUAAAGCUUUACUUAUUAUUGAAAUCAAAAUGCACGAAAAAAGCUAAACCUACUUUGCCAGAAGUCGUAAUAAGUGAAGAAGACCACUCAAUAUUAAAAACACCUCAAAAUCAUCCUUCUAGCAAGAAAAGUGAAGGAGAUGAAGCUCCAGAGAAUACACCUAUAGACGCUCACGAAGCCAGAUGGCUUCAUUCGACAAAUAAUUUGAGCUCAGAUUCAUUUUUUCAAUAA